UCCAAACACGUCGAUAACUCAGUGCAGCGUCGUAUUAACAACAAAGAACAUAUUAAUUAAAAUAUUUAUUGCUUUUUAAUUUUAUUGUGAAUGCUAUGGCCAGUGAUAUUGUGAGGGGAAGAGACAAUCCAUCUGUAACGCAAGAUGACGGAUCUUAUUUGAGAACUUCUUCAGAACGAAUAAUAAGCAAUCAACCACAUUCCAAUAAUAAUAGGAACAGUCAUCCCCGUGCACAGCUAUCGGUGUCUACAGAAGCAUGGAACACCCGCAACGUUUCUCCAUUAAGACCUAGGCAUGGUCUGGACUUUCUCACAGGAGUCUCAACAUUAAACAUACAGCAGACAGUUGAUAUAUCUCAUUUGACAUCUAACAUAAAAUCGGAAAAUCUGUACACAAUUAAAAUACCAAAUGGCCUUACACUGUAUCUCGCGAGUGAAACGUCGACAAAGACGCAAAGGCUUUUGUGUGGCGUCGGGCGGGCCUUUACGAUGCAGAUUCAUGACAACACCAGACAGAAUGUAAUGCAAAUGGAGAGAAGGUUAGCAGCUGCCUCCUGCUGCUUUCCAUGUAGACUUCAGGAGAUGCAAGUAAUAACACCGCCAGGUGACUACAUUGGUCGUGUUCAGCAGCAAUGGACCUGGGUGGUUCCUUUCUACCUCGUGAGAAAUGUUAACGACGAGGUCAUAUACGUCAUUGAAGGCCCAUCUAGCAUUGACAAUCGGAAUAUGAUCCUUGGACAUUUUAAGAUACUAUCGAGUGAUUUUUUAAGAGAAGUCGGCAAAAUAUCGCACAGGUGGGAGGGAGACGUGAAUAGUUUCGUAACGGCGAUAGAUUUUCCACUCUGUGCCUCAGACCCGAAACAAAAGGCCCUUCUUCUCGCUGCUACAUUUUUAUUGGAGUACACGUAUUUCGAGAGAGCAAAAACAAGUUGUCUGCGGUUCAAUUGUUGUUAAAGAAUGUAUUGUACACAAAUUAUAAGUUAUUUGAUUUAUGGAGUACAUAACUUAAAUAACUAGAUGCUAAUGUAUUUGUAUUUUCCACCUAUUUAAUUUUCAUACUCCGUAAACUCGUCUAGUAUUAGUUUCGACUGUAUCUUUAGACUAGAUUUAAGUUUAAAUUUCAUUUAAGAGAGCGGUUUAUUAUCAAGUUGAGUAUACAACAGGAAAACAUCAGUGUCAAGACGUUGUUGUUAAAUUUAUAUUAAAAAUAAAUAAGGUAUGAAACAUAUUUUUUUAGUUCACAUUUUUUUAUAAGCUAUAAUAUGGUAAAUGGAGGACAACUUCAAAAUUUGUAACAAGAAAGCAUUAUACAUAUGAUUGAUCGAAACCGAAAUGAGAACGAACAAACGGGCAUAUGACACUUUUAUUACAGUUAUGAACGGCAACAGAAAGUUUUGUUUAGAAGAAAGACAGGCAACAGAAAGUUAAUUGAUUCUAAAUUUAUAUUUACUGACAGUUCGUAUGGGCGUAGAGCGGCCAAGAUAUAUAUAGCAAAGCGUAUUAAAUAUGAUAAAGAAUUUAAUACUCUUUGAUUAAUACAGAUAAAAUAUAUAUUCAUACACUAUAGUAUGUGACAAAUAUGUCAAAUUAUACUAUCAAUAAAACAUUUAUGAACUUACAUUUUAUGGAUUUUUACAAAUAUUUCUUAUUAUAAACAUUAUAUAAAGUAAUGGUCAAUUCAAGUAUACAUUGCAAAUCAGAUGAUACAAAAAGAGAGAAGACAUGGCUUUACGACCAGUAUUACAUUGGUGAAAGAGAUUCUGAAAAGAGAAAGAGUGGACAUGGUGUACAUCACUGGACGGGAGCGAAGGUGAAACUAGAAAUCUAGAAUUGUUUAAAUUUCAUACCAAAACAUCACUAAUUGUCACAACUGGUCAAAUCAAUUUAUUGGAUUUGUAUCCUAGCGAAACAGCAGUUACUUGGACUUAAUAAAAAGGAUUGAUCGUAAAAAAUACCAUUAUUCAAGUAC